AUGUUCUUUUGUUUAUGUGUAAACUAUGGUGGAGGUGAUAAGAAUUUAGUUACACAUUUUGUUUCGCAUCCACCAUUGAAAUUACCGAUUCCAUUAUUUUGUAAAGUAAAACCAAAUGAACGUUUUCUCCAGAUUUGUAGAAUGGGAAUGUUACAAUAUGUAUUGAUUAGACCAACAGUAACAUUGGUAUCAGCAAUUCUAGCGUAUUUCGAUUAUUAUACUGAAGGUGAUCUGGCAGUGGACAACUUUUAUCUCUAUUCAUCUGUAAUCAUCAAUAUAUCGGUUACUAUUGCACUCUAUAUUAUUGUGUUGUUCUAUCAGGCGGCGAUCGAAGAGCUUGCACCCUACAGUCCGCUCUUAAAGUUCACCUCUAUCAAGAUUGUAGUAUUCUUUUGUUUCUGGCAAUCCGUCAUCAUCUCUGGUAUGGUUAAAUUUGGUAUAAUCAAAGCGAUAGAUGGAAUGGAUUCUGCUGCAAUUGCAGUUGGUUUAAAUAAUUUCUUAAUUUGUUUUGAAAUGUUUGGUGUUUCCAUUCUACAUAUUUAUGCUUUUCCAUAUGAAUUGUAUAGAGUCCGUGCGUUCAGUUCUGCACCUCUCAUUCAUAGAGUGGAGAUGGGAUCGGUGUUCAAGUCGGUCAUUAACUCGGUCAGUCAGAAGGACAUGGUCAAGGAGACGGUGCACGCCUUCAAGGGUACAAAGAUCACCGAUGGACAAUCGGCCUACUCGGGCUUGAAGAACAGCGAUUACGAAGCGUUCGAUGUCGACGAGAUUGAAAUGGGUGAAUUCACAUCGUAUCAGGACAGCACCGAUACACAGUUUGCCGACGGUGCCGGUGGUGGCGCUGCCAUUCUCAGCCAACCGACAGUCGCCUCACAGAUGAUCAGUGACGACGACUUUUUCUCGUUGAUGAACAACGACUAUACCAACAUCGAUUUCAGUGGUAUAGAUCAAGAUGCACUCGACGAAAUGAAUUUCGAUGACUACGAUGAAGAUGUUAAAUUCACUGCAAGAAGAUAA